AUGAUUUUGCCACCAAGUAGCAGCAACAGCCUGCAAAACCAGUUGAUACAUUGCCAUAAACAGAAACAAGGAAAUGAUGCAUCAUCAUAUUCCAUCAUCCAAAGGCAUGAGCUAAUGGAUAAAGCUUACCUUGAUCAUGACUACAUGGCCUGUGCACCAUUCUCCAUUAUAAACAUAUGUCAUCAACCUUGUUCGCCUUGCCACACUAUACCCACACUUUGUUCUAUUAAAUCAUCUAAUCUUACAGGCGGGUCAUGCCCUGUGAAGAAUGAUUCUACUUUUGAAAGAACAGUAAACACAAGUAAAUUAGUUGAGGCCUGUAGAACUGUUGAUCCACUUAAAGAGUGUUGCAGACCUGUUUGUCGGCCUGCAAUUAUGGAUGCAGCGCUUCAGAUUUCUGGCCGACAAAUGAUGAUAAAUAAUGACAAUAUGGCUGGGGAAAUGAAUCACACUGAUUAUCUAAAUGAUUGCAAAGGUGUUGUUUAUUCUUAUCUUUCCAAACAACUAUCAUCGGAGGUUGCAAAUAAAGCAUUCCGGAUACUAUCUGCCUGCAAAGUCAACAAAGUUUAUCCUUUGACUUUUAAGGAGCCUUCAGAUGUAAUUGCUGUAUGUAAGAAUGUAGUUGCUCCUAGUCCUACCUGCUGCAGUUCAUUAAAUACAUAUAUUGCAGAGACACAACAAAAAAUAUUAAUUACCAAUAAACAAGCUAUAAUAUGUGCAACACAAUUUGGAUCGAUGUUACGUGGAGGUGGGGUGAUGAAAAAUGUUUAUGAGCUUUGUGAUGUCGAUUUGAAAGAUUUCAGCAUACAAGCAUUUGGAGUACAAGAUGCAGAAUGUCUACUCCGAAGCUUGCCGGGAGAUGUGAUAUUUGACAAUUCAUCUGGUGUUAGUUUUACAUGUGAUUUAAGUGACAAUAUUGCUGCACCCUGGCCCUCAUCAUCUUCAUUUACAUCUCUAUCAUUCUGUGCACCUGAGAUGUCAUUACCAGCAUUACCAAUUUCACAGUCAUUGAAAAACAUUGGUUGUAAUUCUGCUGGAGUGGGUUUCCUUGUUAUAUUUACAUUUUUUGUCAGUAUUGUUGUACUGAUAUUUUAGGGUUUUGAAGUGUGU